GCCGCAGCAGCCCAGCCUCGUCUGUGGCGCUCUCCAUGCGCGAACAAGCAUUGGCGGCCGCUGGGACGCGCGUCGGCCACAGUGCGCACUCCGACGCGUUCGACGAGUUCCUGGGCGAGGAGGGCAGCGCGCCGACGACUAUCGAGGACAUGGAGGUCCGUGCGCUGCAGUUCCUCGACCUCACGCUGGAGGCGAAGUGCGCCAAGUCCGACGCGACCAUCCUGGUGGCCGCGGUCAGGGGCGCCUACCCCUGGUGCGCGGGCUCGCAGUCGAUGCCCCGCGUGAACAGGGGGCUCCGCGGCUACACCAAGCGCGGGCUUCCAGUGCCCCGAGUUGCGACGACCUUCUUCGCGUACAUCCGUCCUGGAGCGCUGCGGAAGCUCCGGGCGCAGCAGCUGCUGGCGCCGUCUCGCAAG